CAGUGCAUCUACCACUGUGGGGUGACUUUCAUGGUGUGUGUGUCUCCUAGACGAGGAACGGGUGAGGGUGUUUUUUGUUUUUUCAAAAGUGUUUUCUCGUGUACGUGAAAUGAAACAAGUGUUUGUUCCUGCUGGUGCCAGCCUGUGGAGCGCGUGAGUCAUAGAGGCCGGCAGAUACCGAUACUUUCCGCAGUUGGUCUCCGCCAUUUUGUCAUCAUCAUGGGCACCGUCCUGUCGCUUUCACCGCCUUCGCGCCGGCCACUGGGCGAGGAUAUCAACGUGAACAACUACAACUACGAGGUCCUCAACAACCAGAAGAACAACAACAACAACAACAAUCCCAAUGGUAAGGACAAAAGUAUUAAGCGCCACUCGAUAUUUCUGAGCGCGCUCAGCUGGAAGAAAUUCACCGUGAACCCCAAGAAGAAAGAUAAAAAUUUGAUGAAAUUGUCGAAUUCCGCGUUCCUCCAUGGCUCGAAAUUCGACACAAACUAUAACAUCGAAAAUUUUAAUCUUAACAACUUCCAAAAGUCGGUCUCGUGCUACAACCUUAAGGCGGCCCCAGAAGACCCACCAGUUCCUGUUAAGACGACCUCGAUUAAAAAAUUGGAUAAACCGCCGAGCCCUAAGAGGACGGUCAUCCAAGCAUCCACAUCGGAGCUCCUCAAGUGUCUGGGUGAGUUUCUGAAACGGAAGUGCAAACGUCUGAAAAGAUUUGAAGCUUCCGACGCCAUCUUGUGGCUGAGGUCCGUGGACAGGUCACUGCUCCUGCAGGGGUGGCAGGACAUCGCCUUCAUCAACCCGGCCAAUGUGGUCUUCAUCUUCCUGCUCCUGCGGGACCUGCCCUCGGGCGACGUCCACCACGAGCAGGACCUGCAGGCGUACGUGCUCACCUGCCUGUACCUGUCGUACUCGUACAUGGGCAACGAGAUCAGCUACCCCCUCAAGCCGUUUCUGGUCGAGGAGAACAAGGACCGGUUCUGGGAUCGGUGCCUGGUGGUGGUCAACAAGCAUAGUUCCAGCAUGCUGAGGCUCAACAGGGAUCCAGGGUUCUUUACGGACGUGGGGUGUGAGUGA